UACUGUAUCUCUGAAGAUCAACAUCUGCUUGCAACUCAGAAAAAUGGAUAUUCAAUCAGGAACGUGGGAGCCCUCUGCAUCUCUACAGCUUUGAUCGUUUCCUUCCAAAAUUUGUUGUUUUCUUGUACUAGGUCUUCGCUUAAUCUUCGAUUAUUAGAGGAAAUAAUGAUCGACGCAAUCAGAUUUGUGCAUUUAGUGAAGGAGACGUUUAAGGACAACCCAGAAAUAUACCGUCGUUUCAUUCAAUCACUCAAAGAUUACAGAGAAAGAAGGUUUCACACUCGGUCUCUCCAGCCUUCUCCUACAGAACCCCAACCAACCAAAGAUGAAGAUAAUGGUGGCUAUGAAAAUCUUGAGUCAAACCCAAAAGAGUGUGAAGACCCCGAAAAUGAAGAUGUCGACGAAGGUAGUUGUUGGAGGUUGAGAAGUCUGCUCAUUCUUGGAAAGGAGGUACGACAAUUCGAUAUAUUGUUGCUCAGCUACAAAGGAAUGCUGGAAAAAGUAGGUAAUGGUUACGUGCAAGCUGCUUUGGUUCUUGGAGGAGUUCAUGUUACUGGACCUCAUCUGCAUACUAGAUAUAUCCCCAUGGAUCAACCGGCACAGCCAUUUGCGACGAUGGGAUAUGGAUCACUUGCUGCUAUGGCCAUAUUUGGGUCCAAGUACAGAGAAGGGCUGACUGUGAAUUAGUAGAAUCAAUAUACUGACCACUUCUAUACAUCUUAUACGUCUUAGAACAUCUAUUAUGAUCAUGAGUUUCGUCAUCAAAAUGUUGUGAUGAUGAGUGAUUAUCUUGGCAUAUUCAAAUUUGAUUUAUGUACUUUGAAAUUUGUAUGUCU